AAUACAUCUAUGAGUAAAAAGAGUGAAAAGAAAAAGCAAGAAAAGAUCAUUGAAGACAGAACUUUUGGCCUAAAAAAUAAAAACAAGAGCAAACAGGUCUAAAAGUACUCCUAUUCUGUAUUAUUUUAGUUUUUGUAAAGGAGUAGCAUAAUAAGUGAAGCAUAGCGGUGUUUCUUUGUCAAAAUUAUAAUCAGAGGAAUAUGAAAGAAAAAGAAUUGAGAAGCAAUUGGAAGAGGAAGAAAGAUUAAUGCAAUCACUAUAUAAAACAGUCGAAAAAGUAAAGGAGGAAGAAUCUGAAGAGGAAGUGGAUCCAAAAUCAAUUUUAUGUGAAUAUUACAAAUAAGGUAGGUUGAUAUGAUAAGGCUAGGUCUGUGCUAAAAGGGUAAGAAAUGUAUGUAUUCUCAUGAUAUGAGUUUGGAAUAAAAAACUGCAAUACUUGAUUUAUAUACUGAUUAGAGAGAAUAAAUGGGGGAUGAAUGGGACUCAUGCUAAAAUUGGGAUGAGAAGACUUUGAAGGAUAUCGUUGAGGCCAAUGAGAAGACUUAUAAAAGGUAUACAAUAAUUCAAUAGACUAGUCAAAUCCCAUCAGCAAAAGUCUGCGAUUAUUUUUUAGACGCCUUGGAGAAAGGCAAAUAUGGAUGGAGAUGGGUGUGUCCCAAUGGGAUGACCUGUCAUUAUAAGCAUUGUCUACCUUAAGGGUAUGUGUUUAGAAAGAAAGAAGAGCCAAAACAAAGAUAAGAAGGUGAUCUAGAAGAAGAAAUAGAUGAAUAAAUUUCAUAAUUAUAAAAGGGAGGAACCAAAAUAACUAAAGAAGUUUUUGAAUAAUGGAAAAAAGACAGAGCUGAAAAAAAAAAAUUAGAAGCAGAAAAAUAAAAAUUAGAAGAAUAGAAGAAAAAAGGUACAAAAAUAUUUAAAUGUAUUUUAGGAGCUAAAUAAACUGGAGGUAAUUCUUAAAUGACAGGAAGAGCCUUAUUUGUUUACGACCCAAGUUUAUUCAUCGAUGAUGAUGAGGCAGAGAAAGAUUAUGAACGAGAGGAAUAAAUAGAUGAAAAUGAUGACGAAGAUGAAUAAGAAAAUAAAUAAUAAUUAUAUGAAGGGGACGAUAAUUAAUAAUAAGAUGAAGAUGUUGAUUAAUAAUUUAAGUAAUAAUAAUAAUGA